UCCGGAGAAAAGGCUCCAAUUCUUUUAUUGAUUUCUAAUAAGCAAGCACCCUUGCUUCUUGUCCCCCCACCCGAGAAGAUGAAGUAUAUCUUAGGAAUCGGAGGGGUGACCAAUGGGGGCAAGACCACUUUGACCAAUAGACUUAUCCAAGCCCUCCCGAACUGUUGUGUUGUCCACCAGGAUGACUUCUUCAAGCCACAAGAUCAAAUACAAGUCGGGGAAGACGGCUUUAAGCAAUGGGAUGUCUUGGCUUCCUUGGAUAUGGACGCGAUGGUGAACACGGUACGGGCCUGGACUGAGAACCCCGUGAAGUUUGCCCGCUCCCAUGGAGUGAAUCUUGCACUCAAAGAUGACUCAAAGAUGCCCACUUCUGAGGAUGUCCACAUACUGGUGGUGGAGGGAUUUCUGCUCUAUAACUACAGGCCUCUGGUGGACCUGUUUGAUAAACGCUACUACUUAGCCGUUCCUUAUGACGAAUGCAAACGGAGGAGGAGUACACGUAAAUACACAGUUCCUGACCCUCCUGGUCUCUUUGACGGUCAUGUCUGGCCAAUGUAUCUUAAAUACAGGAAGGAAAUGGAGGCCAGUGAAGUCAAUGUUGUUUAUCUGGAUGGACUGAAGUCCAGAGAUGAUCUUUAUGUGCAAGUCUUGGAUGAUAUUCAGAACACGCUCUUGAACUGUUCAUAGGUGAAUAUAUUCUGGACUGAUUCAGGGGAGAGGGAGGAAAUUCUACCGCCUUACAGUAAAAUAGUUACCUAUUUCCAUAGCUUAGAUGUCAGUUUCUUCCUUUUUGCUUUUCAGGACUUGUGGGGAACAGAAAGAUCCAUGUACAGAUUUGAUGUAAAUGCUCUUUUGGAUAUUAGCACAAGCACGUGGGGUCGAGUUUUAAAAAGCCUGACGGACACUGUCCUUUAGGAAACAACUUCUAUGUAUAUACUUGAAAGUUAAGCUGACUUAUCUACCACACAGCCGUGGGCAGUUUUUUAUCUUCUUAUUUUAUAUUCGAUUGAUACUGUGUUUUUAAGAUGCAUUUUUAUACUUGGAUGAAGUUUGUAAAAUACUACUCAUACG